AAAGAAGAAGUUAUUUCCGUUUCAUUUUGAUCUCCUCUUCCCUAGGGUUUUUACUCUUUUUUUGUUUUUGUUUUUUUUUUUUUUCUCUACUCAUAAUCCUUAAUUAGCAUAGACGGUUUUAUUUUUUUAAUGGGUAAAAAAGAAAAAAGAAAUCUUUUGUUUUCUCCUGCUUGCUUCUUCACUUCUGAGCGUUCUCAUAUUUUUGCUUCUUUCAGGUAGUCUGUGUGGCUUUGGGAAUUCGGAGUCAAUUGGGUUUUUGUUUCUCUAAGCAGCCGGGACUGUGGUCAUUGAUGAAUUUAGGGUUUUCUUCUUCGAAAGUUAUUGCCUUUUUCGUUUUGGCGGGUUUUCUAAAUUCGUAGUGGAAGAAGCUGAAAUUAUUACGUUCGUAGAAGAUGAUUGCAGAGAAACCUAGUUGGGUUAGGCAUGAGGGAAUGCAGAUUUUCUCCAUUGAUGUUCAGCCAGGUGGGCUGAGGUUCGCUACUGGUGGAGGUGACCACAAGGUUCGAAUAUGGAACAUGAAAUCUGUCAGCAGGGACUUGGGAAAUGAUGACACCUCACAGAGGCUUCUUGCAACCCUGCGUGAUCACUUUGGAUCUGUCAACUGUGUUAGGUGGGCUAAGCAUGGUCGAUAUCUUGCAUCAGGAUCUGACGAUCAGGUGAUUUUGGUUCACGAGAGAAAGCCUGGAUCUGGAACCACUGAGUUUGGUAGUGGAGAGCCCCCAGAUGUUGAAAAUUGGAAAGUUGUGAUGACUCUACGAGGACAUACUGCAGAUGUGGUGGAUCUUAAUUGGUCUCCAGAUGACUCGAUACUGGCCAGUGGGAGUUUGGAUAAUACAAUCCAUAUAUGGAAUAUGAGCAAUGGCAUCUGCACUGCUGUACUUAGGGGCCAUUCCAGCCUUGUUAAGGGAGUUGCCUGGGAUCCAAUUGGGUCCUUCAUAGCGAGUCAAUCUGAUGACAAGACCGUCAUUAUAUGGCGAACAAGUGACUGGAGUCUUGCUCACAGAACAGAAGGUCACUGGGGAAAAUCGCUUGGAUCGACAUUCUUCAGGCGGCUUGGAUGGUCCCCCUGUGGCCAUUUUAUAACUACGACUCACGGUUUCCAAAAGCCAAAGCAUUCUGCGCCUGUUCUAGAGAGAGGAGAGUGGGCUGCCACAUUUGACUUCUUGGGCCACCAUGCCCCCAUUAUAGUUGUGAAGUUUAAUCACUCAAUGUUCAGAGCCAAUCCUGGGAAUGCACAGGAAGCCAAUGGGUGGGCUAAUGGGGCCACCCGCACUCAGCCUGGAGGGAGAGAAUCACAGCUGUACAAUGUCAUUGCUAUUGGAAGUCAGGACCGGACUAUAACUGUAUGGACAACUGCAAGUCCACGUCCUGUCUUUGUUGCCAGACAUUUCUUUAGUCAGAGUGUUGUUGAUUUAUCCUGGAGUCCUGAUGGCUAUUCACUGUUUGCCUGUUCCUUAGAUGGGACAGUGGCUAUGUUCCAUUUUGAGGAUAGAGAACUUGGGUACAGGCUGAGUGAUGCUGAACUUGAUGAGCUAAAGAGAAAUCGUUAUGGUGAUGUCAGAGGCCGACAAGCAAAUUUAGCAGAGAGUCCAGCACAGUUACUGCUUGAAGCAGCCUCAGCCAAGCAAACUGUGAGCAAAAAAGUGGCUCCAGUCAUUCAGGAAAAUCAGACGCCUUUAAAGUCCUCUGUUGAUUUGGUGGUUCCAAACAUAUCUUCUGAUGCUCAGAAUGAUGAUGGGAAGAAGAUUGUGAGUCCUGGGAGUGAUGGGUUAAGUAAAGUGGCGACCUCAUCCAGGAUUUCUAGUCCUGUGAAACAAAGGGAAUAUAGACGCCCUGAUGGCAGAAAGAGGAUCAUUCCUGAAGCAGUUGGAGUGCCUACUCAGCAGGAUGGUAUAACUGGUGGUGCCCAAUCUCAAGCUCUAGAAGUUCCUGUUGUGACAUCUGAUCAUAGAAAGAAUGAUAAUGGGGCGAUUCCUGCUGAUGGUGGUGUGAGAGAAACUCCUGUCAGGGGAAUGCUGGGCCGAAGCUCUGACUUAAAGGAGCGUUCAGGCAUGACUGCCAGGGCUACUGUUACAGAGAGCCUGGUCAUUGAGAAAGUUCCAGCUUCUGCUGACCGAGAUGGAAGCAUCAAUGUAGAACACUCUGGGAGUAUUAAAUCUUCAGGUGCUAUGCCUGCUUCUACUAGAGCUCUUUCAAUUAGAGUUUUUGACAAAAAGGAAGGUGAAGCUGCCGUGCCAGUUUGCUUGGAAGCUUGCCCUAGGGAACAUGCUGGAAAUGACCUUGUUGGAAUGGGCAAUGCAUGCGUGAUAAAAGAAACAGAAAUUGUUUGCACAAGGGGGGCUGAAACCCUUUGGUGUGAUAGGAUCUCAGGGAAGGUGACUGUUUUAGCUGGAAAUGCAAACUUCUGGGCUGUUGGAAGUGAAGACGGGUGUCUACAGGUUUACACCAAGUGUGGAAGACGUGCCUUGCCAACAAUGAUGAUGGGAUCUGCAGCAACUUUUAUAGAUUGUGAUGAGAGCUGGAAGUUAUUACUUGUUACAAAGAAAGGAUCCUUAUAUUUGUGGGAUCUUCUUAACAGAAACUGUCUCCUUCAUGAUUCUUUAGUGUCUCUGAUUACUUCUGACCAUAACUCAACUUCCAAGGGUGCAGGGACAAUUAAAGUUAUAUCUGCAAAAUUAUCGAAAUCUGGUUCUCCACUUAUUGUCUUAGCCACACGGCAUGCAUUUCUUUUCGACAUGAAUCUCAUGUGUUGGUUGAGGGUUGCAGAUGAUUGCUUCCCUGCAUCAAAUUUUUCUUCUUCUUGGAAUUUGGGUUCAAUUCAUACUGGUGAGCUGGCUGCAUUGCAGAUUGAUGUAAGAAGAUAUUUGGCGAGAAAGCCAGGUUGGAGCAGGAUAACAGAUGAUGGAGUUCAGACACGUGCUCAUUUGGAAGCUCAAUUGGCUUCUGCUUUGGCUCUGAAGUCUCCUAAUGAAUAUCGGCAAUGCCUUCUGUCCUACAUUCGUUUCCUAACAAGAGAAGCAGAUGAGUCUCGUUUACGAGAAGUUUGUGAAAGUUUUCUUGGGCCACCAACUGGCAUGGCAUCAGAUUCAGAUAAUCCAGCUUGGGAUCCCUGUGUGCUGGGAGUAAGGAAGCACAAGCUUUUAAGAGAAGACAUUCUUCCAGCAAUGGCAUCAAAUAGAAAAGUUCAGCGGUUGCUUAAUGAGUUUAUGGAUCUUCUCUCUGAAUAUGAAAAUGCAGAAAGUAAUAUUGACCAAAAGCAUUUCUCUCCUCCAGUUACAAUUCAAGCAGCUACUGAUGAGAUCAAUUCUACCCUGCCAGCAGCAACCGAGCAGAUCAAUUCUACUGCACCAGUUGCAACUGAUGAGAUCAAUUCUACUCUGCCAGCAGCAACCAAUCAGAUCAAUUCUACACCAUCAGCUGCUGAUAAAAUUGAUUCUUCUGCUCUUCCAACAUAUCAUAACAAUGAUGUGUCCCUUCCUACAGAUCAAGCAAAUACUACAACAGCAACAGAUCAAGUGAACUCAAGCCCUCAAUUGACAGAUCAAGUUAAUGAGGCUCCAUCACCAAAGGAUGCCAGUGUAGUUCAUGCCAGAUAACAACGCAUGCUAACUAUUGCACUCAUGGAGCAUAGUGACUAGAGAUCCUCCAUUUUACCGCCUGACUGACUGUCAUCUCUCAUCUUACUACUGCUCGAAAAGGGGUUGAUUAUAAUUGAAAGCAUCUGGGAAGACACCCUAAUCUCAUUGAAUCUUCAGCUGUGCAGUCAUCCAUGACUUGCAAUCCAGGCCGGGCAGUACCUACUUGAUUGCUAGCUGGACCUGAAGUUAAUAGGGCUUUGUAUCUAGGCCUACGCCUGAAUUAAUGACUCUGAUGAGUGACAACCAGCCCAUAAGCUCAUGCAUGAACCGAUAAAUGUAAAGUGAAGAU